AUGUCACAAAGCCAAUGUUUUAGAUCCUUGGAACGUUUAAAUGAUGAAAAAAUUUUGAUCCGCUGUCUACCGAAGAGUCUUUCACGCGAGUUAUUGGAUCCAAUGGUCAACUGCCUUGGAAAUAAACGCAAUACUCGCAUACUUUUUAUUUGGGAUCAGGAAUAUACCGCCGCAUCGAGUGAGAGGCGUCUACAGUUACAGAAACAGCAACAACUGCUCUUCGAAUAUUGCGCUGAAAUGCGUUUGCUGAAUGUAAUCGCCAUUUACCGAGACUACUUGAAGGACGGACACUUCUACACGUUCAGCUAUUUUCCGGAGUUUCAUCUUCAACGAAAAACAAUGGACGAGGAUUGCUUCCCAAAUCGGAUAAAGGACUUAGAAGGCGUCGCCAUACGAGUGGCUCCCGAUCAGUUAGAGCCAUGGAGCCUUGUGUGGCGAAAUAGUAAUGGUGACACAAAGAUCGGCGGGUUUUUAACGAGAUUUGUGCGGGAGUUCGCUAAACGAAGUAAUGGCACGGUUAGCUACCCCAUGGCAGUCACGCCAGAAAGGGCUCCAACGUUAACAGAACUGAUGUUUUUAUUGCAAAAUAACUCAAUCGACAUAGCGGCUGGCACAACAACGAUUAAGUCUUCCGACAUGGCUGUAUCGAUGGUUAUAUUGCCUAUCGAUUGGAUAAUUAUGCUGCCCCUGCCCGCACAAAUACCUGAUAGCGAAAUAUUUUUGAUGCUUCUCAAUUCAUCAUUGGGCUUGCUCCUUUUCACACUUCUCUUUGUGUUUUCUCUUGUACUCACCGUGGAGGCUCUACUUUUACAACGACGUAACGCAGUCGAAAAUUGUCUCUUCUUCUUUUGGAUACUGACUAAUGUGGUGCUACGCAGUAUUAUCGGACAGCCGUCGUCUUCAAAAGUUGGUGUUUCAGCAAAAUUAAUUAAACGUUUCUUAUACAUGACGCUUUUCUUAAGCGGGAUUUUUAUGAGUACCUUGAUAUCUGCCGGCCUACAAUCGUAUCUGACUAGUCCCGUUCGAUAUCCACGAAUCAACACUUUCGAAGAAUUCCUAAAGUCUGAUAUAACUAUCAAAACAAGCCAAGCAGGCUACAGGGCUCUCGAUUUAUAUUUGAGUAGACGAAACCUGAAGAGCGUAAAAAAAAAGUUUAUUUUUUCGAGCUCGCUGGAGAAACUGCAACGGCAGCGGACAUAUUUAGAUACUCGUUACGGUUAUACAAUGUUCAGUAAUCUAUGGGAUGUCUUGGCUAGAUAUCAGACGUAUUUACCACAACCGCUUUUUUAUGUGAGCAAACAACUUUAUAUAGCUAAAGGAAUGCCACUAGUUAUGCCGCUGCAAAAUCACUCGAUUUACAAAGAGGCUUUCAAUAUAAUGAUAAACCGAUUACAUGCAGUCGGACUGACUGACCUUUGGAAAAGGCAAGUGUAUGAGGAUAUGGUAGUGGCGAAGAAAUUAAACACCUCAUAUCGGGUGGAGGGUGUGCGAAAUGCAAGAUUAGAUUUGGAAGACUUUUACUGGUUGUGGUGGCUCUAUGCAAUCAGUAGUAUACUUAAAGAGAAACAAUUCAAGACUUGCUUAAACUUUGAUUAG